CUCCAGAAUUUUCACUUAAAAUUCUCCAGUAACUAGUGUUUAGUAAUUCGACAGUGAUGGCAUUUGUUAUUCGGUUUGCCAAGGGUGUCCGGAACCACUGGAAAAAGUCCACAUUUUUGGCGAGUGCGGUCGCUUACGGAGUUUCGUAUUCCCGGGAGAAAUAUGAAAUUAAGCAGCUAAUGAGGCACUACUGCACGGAAGCCUCCCGCUACGGAGACGUCCAAAUUGGAGUUAACCAGCGAUUGCAGAAGGUUCUGGUUCUGUUGAAUCCUGCGGCCAAUCGAAAAUCCUCCGAGGAAGAUUUCCACGAAUAUUGCGAACCAAUCCUACAUUUGGCGGGGUUUGAGGUUGAAAUCAUCAAGACCGAUUCCGAGGGACACGCUCGCCGUUACGUGGAGGAGUUGGCCGUACUGCCGGAUGCGAUUAUAGUGGCCGGUGGUGAUGGAACCGUUUCCGAAGCGGUUUCUGGGCUGAAGCGCCGUACCGAUGGUGCUCAAUGUCCGGUUGGUGUGCUUCCCGUGGGCAGAACCAACACACUGGCCAACACUUUGUUCCGGAGCAGUGAGCAAACCAACACUCUGGAGGAUGUUCGUGCGAUGGCGAAUGCUGCAUACGCCGUCGUAGCUGGUAAGAAAGAAAAGAUGGACGUGAUGAAGAUUGAGGUGUUGCCAAACGAGGCGGACGAAAAGGUUCCGGAGAAACCGGUCUACGCCGUUGGAAUGCUUUCUUGGGGAGCGUUUCGUGACAUUUUGUCGCUUAGGGAUAAGUACUGGUACACAGGUUCCCUGAGGGAUUAUACAGCAUUUCUGUUUAAUGCAUUCGAUGGUAAGCACUCGUGGAACUGCCAAGCGAAGGUCACAUUCACGGAACCAUGCGCCGGGUGUAAAGAUUGUUACAAAGAUUUGCAGCAGGAACAGCCGAAGAAAGAACAGCCUCGCCGUUGGUGGUCGGUCUUUCUUCCGAAGGCUAAACCCGCACAAGGAGUGGACUACUCGAAAGUCAUCAAUGAUCGUUGUUCAGUCGAGCACGAAGUUCAGAUCGAACCAUCUGAAUUGAUUUUGCAAACGAUGAACAUCGAACCGGAUGGUGACAGAAAUGACAAGCCCAAGCUAAGUCUCAAGGUGGGCACAAGUGUAGAUUCAAGCUUUAGUUUUCUCGGCGACAGUUGGUCACGAUUGUGGAAUCGGAAGUAUAUAGAUUGCAUCACUGAGAAGGAAAUAGAUGUUAGAAAAGUGGAGAUUUUGCCCGCAAAACUGAAGCUGGAAGACAGUGAACCGGAUUUGUUCUAUUCCAUUGACAACGAAGCGUACGAUGUCAGACCUGUGCGCGUCACGUUGCUGCCGAAUUCGGUAGAAAUGUUCACGUUCUGAGUGUAAAUAAAACUAAAAGUGUUGAUCA